CCGCGGAGCCCACGGCGUCACCAGCGAGGGUCGACGCCGCGCCGAGUGGCGUACAGUGCAGUGCAGAGGUGCUGGACGGCGCGGCACGCGGCGACGAGCGUUCCGAGGAGGCGUCGGCCGCUGCGCUCACCAAAGGCAUUCGUGCAUCCACUCCGCCGACAAGCGCGACGCGGUGGGGCAGUCAGGAACGGGCGCUCAGGACAGAGGCAGUCGCCGUUGUUGGAAGAGUGGCACCGGUUGCGCGCGCGGGUCUGGUCACCGGACAGCUGCACCCCUAACAAGAUGCGGAGUAUACCCAGUCUGCUUCUGCUCUUCUGCUCCGUCUUAUUGUGUCAAGGUCAAGGUAUGGUGGUCGGCUUGUCCGAGGCCUCGCUGCCCUCGCCCCGCGACGGCCGACAUAAACAGUGGCGACGUUUGCAGGGGCCUUCUGCUCGGUUAGCGCCGCCAGAGGGGAGCACCGACGCGGUCCGGUCGAAGUGACGCGCUCAUAUGCGCCCUGUUGAAUCGGACGCUCUGCUUACUGAGGGACAGCAGUGCAUGUUCACGCUUUGCCAGUGCUCCCCACACCAGUGUCAGGUCAACAAUGCCACUGGGGCACCGCUUCAACAGUAAAUGCGUCAGUAGUUGUGUGAUCGUCUCGAUGAGCGUAAAUGCCUUUGGAUCGAUUGUUUCUUGCGAUGUCCAUGUUAAGCUGAGGUCUAGCUUUCGCCCGCUUUCGUAUUGUUAGCACUGGGCCGUAGCACGUUCGCAGUUUAAGGGUGAUCAUGAGCGCCACUGGUGUUUUAUACUCUUAUUUGGUAGAGCAAGAAUAAACAAACUUUCCGUAGCUCAAGCUGCCCGCUUUCCUCUGCCCUGAUACGGAUUUCUUAUGAUUCUAAGUGGGGCGUCCUGUCAUGAUGACGUAGGUACCACGUCGUGGCGUUCCAGCAACAUCCCUCUCCCCCUAGGAUUCUACUUCCCUGGCGAGGCACCUCAGCGUACCCCGCCUUCGCCUUCGCCGCCGGCGCCGACGCCGACGCCGACGCCGACGCCGGCGGCCGCGGCGCCGGAGCCGGGCGCCGCCGGGCCGCAGCGGAACAAGCCGGUGGCCCGCUUCAGCCGCCCCCGCCCGCUGCCGGCGCAGGACACCCUGGAGAGUCGGCCCACGAAGCCGUCCGACGACGACGACGACUACGAAGACGGCGGCGGCGGCGCCGACGACACCUUCUUCUUCCCUGCCGAGGACGAGGUCACGUUCACCUCGAGCACGGUGUCGGGGAGCGAGACGGAGCUGGUGAUCAGCGCCCGCGCCAGGCACCGCGACGCGUGCCGAAACCCGCGCGGCCAGUUCGGCCGCUGUUUGGAGAUCGGCGAGUGUCCGAUGCUGCAGGCCAUGCUCAGGAGACGGUCCAGAAGCACGCUGAUCUUCCUGAAGCAGUCCAUAUGCAGGUUUGAGAGGUCGGUGCCGCUGCUGUGCUGUCCGCAGGUCCCGUUUAAAACGCGGAUCGAUGCGACUCCGGCUACGACGCCAAAGCCGACGACGCCGCCGCCACCGACGACGACGCCGCCGCCGCCGCCGCCGACGACUACGACUACCGCGACCACGACGACCACAGCCACGACGAUUUCAACCACGACUUCUACCACGACUACCACUACCCCAACAGCCGCGCCGACUCCGCCUGGCGUGGAGCAAACGCCUUCCAAGGGCGCCGCACAAGAAGAGGUCACAACCCCAUCCCCACCAGCGGAGACAACGUCCUCCGAGGUGCCUCCUACCACCGCAGAGACCACCGCACCACCCACCGCCGCGCCGUCGCCCACAACGGCCGCGCCUGCGCGUAGGACCACGACUCCCGCGACCGGCGAGGCCUCCCCGACCACGACCCCGGCGACCGGCAGCACGACAGAGCCGCCGGCCGUGGCGACAGCGCGCCCCAGUCCGGCCGGCUCGACGGAGCGGGCCGACCCGGCCACCACCGCUGCUUCGGGGGACGGCGGCGACGGCGAGGCAACCAGCCGGGACGGACGCCUGCACAAGGGCUACCGCAUGCCCGCCCCGCCCGCCUGCGGCUACCGCAACGUCACGGGCGUCAGGAUCGUCGGCGGCACCGAGUCGGAGCAUGGCCAGUGGCCGUGGAUGGCCGCGCUGGGCUUCGAUUACGAGGACGGCAAGAUUGAGUUCCAGUGCGGCGGCGCACUCAUCACCGACCGGCACGUGCUCACCGCCGCUCACUGCAUCUUCGGCAAGGACAACCUUAACUGGGCGAGGAUCGGCGACCAUGACCUGGCCAAUGAAACCGACGUGGACACAGCUAAGAGCUAUCGUGUGAUCGAGCGCCGGAUGCACGAGCAGUACAACUCGAGGACGUUCGCCAAUGACAUCGCCAUACUGGUGCUGGAGGAGGCCGUCGAGUUUAACUACGCGCGGCACACUGUAUGCCUGCCUUUCGCCGAAAACAUAAAGAAGUUCAACCUUGAAAAACAGAAGCCGUUCAUAGCAGGAUGGGGAACAACCAGAUACCGUGGGACGGCGAGUUCAACUCUGCUGCACGCCCAGGUGCGGGUGGUGCCGGAAAAACGGUGCAAGAGACGCUACAAGAAGUUUAAACAGAUCACCGUCACCAAAAAGAUGUUGUGUGCCCGCAGUCCGGGCAAGGACACGUGCCAGGGCGACAGCGGCGGGCCGCUCAUGUUCCCCGCUCCGGACGGCGACUUCUGGUACACGGUGGGCGUGGUGUCGUUCGGGUACCGCUGCGCCGACCCGCGCGUGCCCGGCGUCUACAGUCGUGUCACCGAGUACCUCGACUGGAUCAUGGACCACUUGGACUGAGACACCCCUCACGCGAAGAGCGCGCCGGCCGGCCGCCGAGCAGCGCCGCCGCUGCUCCUUCCAAUGACGUCCUGCAGGCUCCCAGUGCAGUUUAAGGGACUCGAUGGGUCAGUAGCGCAGGAUGUGUUCGAUACGUGUUUGUGAGCGCCGCCGCUGCUCCUUCCAAUGACGUCCUGCAGGCCCCCAGUGCAGUUUAAGGGACUCGAUGUGUCAGUAGCGCAGGAUGUGUUCCAUGCGUGUUCGUGAGUGGUUUGGGGCAUGGCACCACUUGGUCGCGAGAACCAUCAAGUGACUGCACUUACCAAAAGUCGCCUUCACUGGAGCACUGACUCAAGCACAAUGCGUGACGAGCGCGGGUGGAAUUUCAUGUGCAAGUUCAUAUGAGUGGCAAUGAUAUCAUCUGCAAAUUUUUAUGCCAUGAUCACAGGCGGUCAUGUAAAUAAACGCGUUGAUCGUGUGAACAUUUUCUGCGCCAAACAAGGCCGAGUAAAAGCCAUUCGUCCCCUGGUAAUUGCAUCAUAUGGCUAAAAAACAUGCACGUGGUCAGGCCAUGAUGUAUUGUACUCGUAUUCACAUCGCAAAUAGGUGUUGCCAGGCGACAAGACCUACGGCUUAGACAAAGCCGCGGAACCCGCUGAAGCUGGGCCUGCAAUAUACCUAAAUUGUUCGAAACGUUGACACAUGCUAUACGACCUUUUUAAUUCCUGAGCUGCACAAACACACGCGUGGCUGGUCGCUAUCCUCUGAUCGUUGCUUGGACCGGCUCCCCUCGGCCCCUCGCAGGCGCCCGCGCGCGCUGCCGCGCACAGGGGUGUGUCCAGAGGGAGGAGCGGGCGGGCAGGCUGGAGCAGGCAGCAGAACACACGGGCUGGCUUCACAAUCAUUCCGAAUGCGUUCAAAUAGUCAUUGUUGACGGAACGUGACGUUGAUGUGUAGUUCUCCAACGAUGGCUACUUUUUAAGGGAGCACUUUAUUGCUUCGGGUUAAAGGGGAUGCUCCACAUUUGAAGAUGUUGAAGCACAAUCAUUCAGAUAUAACGAAAUAAGCUCAUAUAUGACUAUUGAUAUACUUUAAAAUGAAAAUGAUGCUCUAGACAAGACAAUUUGUCUGUUUAGUAAACAUACUUCCAAUGCGUCAGUGUUUGAUUACGUCACAGUGCUUUGUACAACAUUGAUUGAGAAUAAAUUGACGGCCGGUAUAUCUGGAAAUCGUGCUCAUGAACACCAGAUGUGAGCGACUCGACAAUGACAUCUUUACUGGCCUUGAUCGCGGUGGAAUGGCAGGAUUUGCCAGUGGAAUGGCAGGAUUUAAAUGACGUUGUUAUGACAUCAUGGAUGCCUGGGCGAUCUUUAAUUAGUCUCCCAAAAUUGUCCGCACAUCUCGGAGGGUGUGUAGCUA